UGUUACAUCUUGCAAACAGAACCUGAUCUGAAGCAGUUUGAUUUGUAAAUCAGACAGCAGACUGGCGGUGGAUUACCUGCUGCAAAGCCACGGGACUUGAAGAGCUGUUCGAACUGGGACUCGUUAGUCGCCGAUGCUGAGAAUCGAAAGGUGUCUGGAAGGCAGUAUUUACCCCCGGCGUGAGGAACUACACUACCCGGCAACCCUUGCACAGGGCUGCGCCUUCAGCUGUAACUUUCCAGGUUGGGGGCGGCGACUGGGGGAUUGCCCGAUCAGCGAAAGGAUCGAGUUUCUUUCCUACGUCAGUCGGUGCUGCCUUUUCUAUUUGGGCCGGGGGAGUGGUGUCUUCUCGUCCGUGGAAACCACUGUAGCCGCGAGGGGUCUUUUCCGUCCCCGUCCUCUCCUGGAAGGAACACCAGCAUGGAAGCUGCAUUACGUAACAGCUUGGAUGAGCCUCCAACUUCUGUCACCCUCACGGACAGUAGCCACUUCUCUCAGGUUAUCUUUAUAGACAUAGAGAAUUUCUAUGCUCCUGGAACUGACAUAACCUGCCGAUAUAAAUUGUCUUAUUACUUCACGCCACGCCGGAAUGACUGGGUUGGCAUAUUUAGGGUGGGGUGGAAGACAACUCGUGAAUACUACACUUUCAUGUGGGCGGCUUUGCCUAGCAGCUUUGAAGACAAGGAUGCUAAAUCUCAGGAAGUUCUCUUUAAAGCCUAUUACCUGCCAAAGGAUGAUGAAUAUUACCAGUUUUGUUACGUUGACCAGGAUGGGCAGGUCCGUGGAGCCAGUAUCCCCUUCCAGUUCUGUGCAGAGGCUGAGGAUGACAUGUUGGUGGUUACGACCCAGGGAGAAGUGGAAGAGAUUGAGCAACAAAACAUAACUUUGCUUCAAGAAAACCAUAAACAGAAGGAAGAGCUUGCAAACCUUCAGAAACAGCAUGAGAAUCUACAGGAGAAACUCAAGGCAGCAGAGGAGAAGGCAAAGGAACUGGAGGAUAAAGUCAGUUUACUGCAAACUGGGACCGUGGAGCUUCAGAGAGCUCAAGAUCUACAGGCUUUACAUAUAAACUCCACUCAGACAGAGUUAGCUGCUGUUACAGAAAAUAAUACAAAGCUUCAAAAGGAAAAUGAGGAUCUUCAAAGAAGCAUGGAAACUUUAAGGAGCAGCAAUCAGCAACUUGAUUCAGAAGUGCAUCUUCUUAAAAAGAAGAUUACACAUCUAGAAACACAGAACGAUGCUGCAAAGUUGGAACUGAGCCAAGUCAAAGAAGAGAAAAAAAGCAUGUUAUCUGAAAAGGAACAGCUGGAAAAUAAGCUAAGAAGUGCCUUGGAUAGUUUGGAUCAACUUCAGUCACAACUACAGGGUCAAGAGAAGGAAAUAGAAAACCUGCAGAGGGCAGAUGAAGACAAAACAAGAUACCUUGAACAGCUGGAGAAAAAAAACGAUCAGCUGAAUGCCACUUUGCUUUCACAGCAAAAAUUAGAGGAGAAACUGAAGGAGAAAACACAUUUGCUUCAGACCCUGCAGAAGGAGAAGGUUGAAAUGGAAAAGAAGAAUCAGCAACUAAAGCAAGAGAAUCAAGACCUGAUGGCACACCUUCCUGAAAUGUUGGGUGAUGCAUCUACUCAUUUCCCAACCCGGUCACCUGAAAAUUCAGUCCUUGUGUUUGGGAAUCCAUAUGCUGCACCCCCAGAGCUUCCUGAGGCAGAACUGGUCUCUCUGAAAGCAUGUCCCAUGUGCCACGAACUCUUCCCUAAUGACAUAGGAGAGCAAGAGUACUCUGCCCAUGUUCAGAGCCACCUUCUGCAGUGCCCUUAUUGCAGUGAAACCUUUGAUAGCUCUAGCAAGCAAGUCUUCGAUGACCACGUUUUUUGCCAUGGCUUAAACUAAUCAUGAACCUUCUCAAGCCACACGCUCUGAACGAUAGUGCCUAUUUCUCUUCCUUUUCCUAGUAUGAUUUGGCAUAUGAUUUCUUUGUGAUGUGCUGCUGUUAUACUUGGCAUGUCAGAGUAAAACUUGUUGGGACUGCAGCAUUGAUUACUACCACUCUUCCUUUCUGCAACCAGUUAAAUAUGUACUGUGCAUAUUUAAAGGCAUAUGUAUGUACUGCUUGCCUUCUGCAACAGUUUAAAGUCUUGCUGCAGGAUAUUUGAAAAUGAGAUGGUGUGUUUUGUCCUUGCACCUUUUAUUAAUACGGAAUGGUGGAUUUUUCCCUUCAUAUGUGUAGUUAGCAUAAUCUCUCAGCAUAAGAGAUUUGUUUUGUAAUAUUUGUCUAGCUGUGUAAACUACAGAAAGGCUGCCUUUGCAUGCUUUCUACUCACUUCAAGCUAAGAGGUUACUCACAAAAACAAACCACAGAUGUGAUGGCAGCCCUACCAACUCCUGCCUCCAUACUGGUUUCGCAUGGAGGUUAACAACUGGGGAAGGUGUGUGCUCAUCCGUGUUGCAUCAGAUCAGAUGUGAUGGUCAGAAAAUGGGGGCAUGGACCUUGUUUUGACUGAACCUCUAGCACCUCCUUGCUCUUCCCUGGUGCCCUUCAAAUGUUUAGGUCUUCAACGCUCAUCAGCUGCAGUAAGCAUGGCCCGUGGUGAAGAAUCUGGGGAGUUGUAGUCCAAACCAUGCAGAGGACACCAAGUUGAGGAAGACUAUACUAGGCAGGUGCAGGAGCCAACUGCUUUGAGCUGGUGGGCAUACUGGAAUGCUGAGAGCAUGUCACUGACUAGUUGCAAAACACCUGCUCCCCACAAGGUAAAGCUAGGAGGCUAACAAACAAUUGCUUUGCCCAAGAACCGAAGUCCAAGGCUGAGAGAUGUUUGAAGCUGAAAAUACACUUUUUUUCAAAGCUCAGUUUUGUGUUUCGACCCUUCUUGCACAGAUGUCACAUUUCAGAAUGAAGCACUGUGCUGCAGUCACCCACCAUUUUUGUUUUUUGGGGAAUUCUUUCAGGGCCCUUUAUACUUGGGAACAGAGAUGGUGUAGCUCCUGAGACUGACACUUUGUUUUGCCAUAUGCCAGCUUCCCAAUUAAUUUUUGUCAUUAAAAAAACCUCUAAAUGUUUUAAAGAUCGGGAGAGGCUGGUAUCCUGGUGGGAUGUGGAUGUGUCUAUAGAUAGGCUCUUUGAUACCCUUAGGGAGCUCAGCUGAGAGGCAGUACAGUUAUCCAAACUGCUUGGAAGAUAUUUAUCUAAGCAGUCCAUGGAAACUCUGGCUUUAGUUUUGUUUGCAUUUUAAAAACAAGAAUUUUUAUUUUAUUCACUCCCACUAAAUGCUGUUAGUUAACUCAGGAAUCAAAGUAGCAACGUUCAGCAAUGCAUUUAAAUAUUAUUCAUGUAUUAUUGUUGCUGCUUUGGAAUUUGCUUGAUCCAAAUUUUGCUUCGGGGGCGGGCUGUGGGGUGGGUGGGAAGAAGCCACAUUUUGUGCAUACUCAUGUUCAUUAGUAGGUAUGUUGAAUUCUUGUAUCAUUUCUUCAAAACUGCUGUUCUGAUUUUUAAGACAUUGAUGUUGCAUAGCACAUGUGCUAUGUAAGACCAAAAGUUGCAACAAUGGUCAGCUACCAACAAUCACACUGUGUACUGAUUACUACUAAAUACCUAAUGUUAUAGGUAGGAGAAUCUAUUAUACUUUUAGUAGCAUCUGGCUUUCAAUUUUACCUUAUAAUUGCUUUUUAAAAAGGAAGCUAUGUUUAAAACAAUCUCUUCCAGUGCUGCAAAUCUGAAGUUGUAUAGGUUGACAAUUAAGUUGUAUAAGUUGACCAUUACAGUUAGUUAAAUAAAUAGACUUCAUUUUUGACCUUA